UUUAUUUUAAACCGUCUGAAUGAUCUCCUGGUGUUUUAAGAAGCUAAUGACGUUAGCCUGCUACCAGGAAGUAGACGGAUCCGACCGGAAAAGUUUCUGUGAUUUUUGGUCAAAAUGUCCAAACGUGAAAUGCUGAGUUUGCUGGUGAAGCAGCGGCUAACUGCGGCUGCUGAGGAGAUUUUUGGGCUGUUUGAAAGAUCGAUAGCAGAGUACGAGGAGGAACUUUCUCGAUCAAAAGAGGAAAACGAGCGACAGCAGAAACUCCUGGACGCUGUUUUCAGCCCUCAGCUCCGGCUGCACAGAGCAGACGUCCAGCAGCUGUUGGUGGUUAAAGAAGAGGUUCCCCCCUCAAGUGUGGACCAGGAGGACCAAGAGCCCCCAAAGAUUAAAGAGGAGCAGGAGGAUCCAGAGCCUCCACACAUUAAAGAGGAGCAGGAGGAUCCAGAGCCUCCACUCAUUAAAGAGGAGCAGGAGGAGCUGAGGAGCCAACAGGACGGAGAGCAGCUUGAAGGGCUGGAGGAGGCUGAUAUCAAGUUCACAUUCACUUCUGUCCCUGUGAAGACUGAAGAAGACGAUGAAGACAAAGCUCA